CCAGCAUACACGGUCACGGUCACCAAGCCAGCAGAUACGGUCACAGUCACCAAACCUUGUAAGCCAACCAAGACACACCACGGUGGUGAUGGCCACGGUGAUGAUGGCCACGGUGAUGAUGAUGGCCACGGUGAUGAUGGCCAUGGCGAUGGUGGCUCCAAAGAAGGUGGCCAAGGUGAUGAUGGCUCCAAAGAUGGUGGCCACGGCGAUUCUGGCUCGUGA